AUGCCACCUUCUUUUAAGCAGUCUGAUCAUUCCUGCCAAAAGCUUGCCAUGAAUAGGAUAUUUUUUCUUCCUGUUGAGGCUCUUGAUCCUUCGUUGCAUAAUGUCAUUGGAAAUUUUGAUGAGGUAAUUUCACUUUGCUGGAAGGAGGGAUCUUCUGCAACUGGACUUGAGGGCAUGAAAGAAGUUGCGAAAGGAUACCAGAAAGGGAAGAGGGUUGGGUUUGCACAACUUGCACCGGGUGUUGAUUUAUAUAUCUGUCCUCGGAGCGAAGCCAUUAUCACAAUUCUUGCAAAAUAUGGUUUCUUCAAGGGCAUGACAGCUGUUGAAGACAACCAAGACUCAUUGAUUGGUUGUGUGGUGUGGCGGAAAAAUCGAACCUCUUCGAAUACUGGUGCAAAAACAUCUGAGAUUAAGGACAACUCCUUGCCAGAGCAGCCUUUGAAAUCCCCUUCUGACUCUUCCACCCAGCAAGUGGCAGAAAAAAGUUUGUCUCCUGGCCCACCAACUCAGGAAUCCCUUCCCCUUGCACCAGUAACAUAUGUUCCAUCUCUUGGAAGUGCAGAGGGGAAUGUUGCUGCAAACAAGAAUAUUGAGGCUAGUGAAACCCACAUUGAUGUACGUAAUUUUUCCUCUGGCGUUAAUUCCUCGCCAACUUCUUCGGUCCCCAGCAAGUCCUCUUAUGUUCCAAUGGAGCGACAAACCUCCGCACAAUCUCACUCACCUCGUCAAGCUACCCGUGGGCACCUGUUGGAAGUUGAAGCUACUCCUAUCCACUGUUCAGGAGCAGAGCAACUUAAACCAAGUUUGGAACUCAAGCAAACAGUCAUUUCUCUCCCAUCUGAUGUACGGAAACCAACAAUGCCCACUGAUGAUGAUGAUCUGCCUGAAUUUGACUUCAAUACUGCAUGUGGGAUUUCUCUAACUCCAAGGAGCAAGCCUUUGGAUGCUGCUAUGCUUGGCAAACAACUUCCAGAUGAAGGAAUUAAGAAUAUUAAUGCAUCAGGACCGCCAAGUAUGCCUGUUGUACAGUCGAUUCCUGUUUCCAGAGAAAGAUUGGAUAGUUCUAUCCUUUCCAGGAUUCCUUCAGUUACCAGCCAAGGAAUGCCUCCACCGAAAGGGGUUAGUGAGCGUGAGUCCCAGAUCCCUGCUUUCCGCAAUUUGCAAGACAAUGUGGGUGUCCAAAGCAAAGUGACUCCAACAUCAGUAAGUGCUGCUGCAUUGGCCUCAUCAAAGGAUUCAUUUAAUGAAUUGCCUCAGAAGAAGAAUCUUUUCGAUGAUGAUGAUGACAUGCCUGAAUGGUGCCCCCCAGACCCCCACAAGAUAUCACUGGGAGAAGAAAUCAAACCAUCAGCAGCUUUUUCCUCUGAAAUAUCCAUCUCAGUUUUCCAAAACAUAUCUCCAGGCCCUCGACGACCUCUACUCUCAUCUCCAUCCACAACUGCAACACGUCCACCAUUUUCCUCCCAAGCAUUCCCUCGUGCAUUUCAUUGUCCAACAUCGACAAAUAUGAAGGCACCACAACACAAACCGUUUCCAAGUGGUCCGAAUCUGUUAAUGAGGUUCAAUUCUAAACCACUCUUUAGGCCUCUUUCCAGUUCAGCUGAUGUCAAACUUCCAUCCCAACCUUCUGGUAGAAGAGGUUGGAGGCCUUGAUACGAAGAUUGGGAAACAAGUUCUCAAACGACCUUGAAUUUGUUUGGAACUGUUCUGACAUCGUAGGAACGCUGCUUCGUAGAGAUCGACUACGAAGUAAUGUUCCCAGUAGAAAGCUCAAGUUGUAUAUAAUUUUAGGAAUUUGAUAGCAGGUUCACAUCAUGGUCUGAGGUUUGCUAUAGUAGUUGUUUCUUAGGUCUUCAUUAUUGUUACAAUACUCUGUUCAAAGUUGGAAAAACAAGUGUUUUAUAUCAUG